ACAGCCGGAAAAGGAAGCGAGGAAAGUAAAGGACAAGGGGAGGGCUGUCUCGGUAUCAAUGCCAAACCCCGAGAUCAACACCACCGGAACCGGCAUCGGCGACGAAACAAUCGCCGACGCCGGUAACUCUUCUCAUUCCAAUGGUAAUCUCAAAGAUUGGCACACUUAUCCGGUUGCCAGAUUGCCCUCUCGUAACAGCUCCUCCAAGUACGAUUUUGUUAAGGUGAAGGUGUGGUUGGGAGAUAACGCAGAUCACUAUUAUGUCUUGUCGCGGUUUUUGCUCAGCAGGAUGUUGACAGUGACCAAGAUUCCAAAUCAUCUUGCUAUCAAAAUUGCAUUGGAGCUCAAGAAGCUGCUUGUAGAUAAUAGCCUUUUAGAUGUCUCACAAUCUGAUUUGGAAGCUAAUAUUUUCAAGCUCAUGGAGUUGCGUGGUUAUGGGGAAGAGUACAUAAAUCGGUAUAAGAUGAUGACUAGAUUUCACCAUCAAAGGGUCCCAUUGGUGAUUCUUGUAUGUGGAACUGCCUGUGUUGGGAAGUCAACCAUAGCCACCCAACUUGCACAGAGACUUAACCUGCCAAAUGUUUUACAGACAGAUAUGGUAUAUGAAUUACUACGCACAUCAACAGACGCACCACUGACAUCAACUCCUGUAUGGGCACGAGAUUUUAGCUCUUCAGAGGAGUUAAUUACCGAAUUCUGUAGAGAAUGCAGAAUCGUUCGUAAAGGUUUGGCUGGUGAUUUGAAGAAAGCUAUGAAAGAUGGAAAGCCUGUAAUAAUCGAGGGAAUACAUUUGGAUCCCAGCAUAUAUUUGAUGGAUGAUGAAAGUAAGACACUAGCUAAUAUGUCAGCAAAAGAUACCGAAACGAAUCCUUUAUCAACGACAUCAGAUAAUGAAAGUGCAAAGCAAACGAAGAGUGGCACCUGCAGUACGUGUUCUCCUACGAAAGAGUCCGAGCGCACCAACCAAGAGAACGAAGGGCUGGAUUCUCUAGAAGCUGUAGAUAUGGCAGGAAAUAGCGCUCGAGUUAUAGAUGAAACUCAGAAUAAAGGGGAGACGGAUCGAUCUGGUUCGGUCAGGAAAGAUAAGUCUGGUGCUGAGCCAAUAAUCAUACCCAUAGUCUUUAAAAUGGCUGAAUUUGAUCACAAGGCAUUACUAGAGGAAUGGAUCUCCCCUCGAACGUUUAACGACAAAUAUCCUCUCCAGGAUAAAGAUAAGCUUAUAGCUAACUUAAAAACCAUUCAGGGAUAUCUUUGCUCAUUCAAAUCACAGGGCUUGAUAGUUGUUAACAUAUCAGCAACAACAUUUCCACAAACACUCGAUUGGCUGCAUGGAUAUAUUCUGCAGUGCAUUGAACAAGGCAUAUCACCUGUAUCAAAUGGAAAUGCAAGACAGUCCAUUGAACACUAAUUAAGAACAAAAAAUUUGUUCAUGUUCCAGCUUAUCUUUCUUCACCUUUUUACUUCACAAACAGCAGCCUGCAUCAUCAAGAGCUUUUUGUGCUGUUGCCGGGAACUAUUUUUUUCUUUUAAACAAAUUUCAAUUUUUAGUGAACAUUACAUUCAGUUUAUGAUUGCAGCUAGAAAACAUUAAUUAUGAGACAUAAAAUCUCAUAGCUCAUGUUGUCCAUGUCUUUUAUGUUUCCUAUGUUUAUUUUAAAUGAAGUUGUUUAUUUGAGAA